AUGAAGCUAUGGCUGCACAUUGUGCACUUUGUUGGGGCCAUUUCCACCCAACUCCGGCAUAAUGUGGGGCAUUGGAAGUGCCCUGCUGAUACGGGAGCCUGUUAUUGUCAGUGUGGGUCUGUGGCAUUGGCAGCAGCAGGGGCCAGCUUAGCACAAAUCAUUGGAGACGUGCCUAUUCCACCCUUGCCACCUGUGGCGCUUCCACCAUUCCCACCCGCAAGACUACCGGCUAUGGCAACAUUUACUAGUGUGACGGAGGAUGAUCUACCCACAUUGGGACCACCGCCGGCAACGACGCCUCUGCCAACCUUGCCACCAACUGUCCCUCCCACGGCUGCUUAUCCGUUUUCAGUGCAGGCCCAGGCCAACAUGUUGCGCGGCAAUGCUGGCAGUGGGUCCUAUGGCUUGGAAAGCAGCACCACAUCAGCGGCUCCACAGGAGGACUCUGUCAAGCAAGCGCUGGUGCAAGAAUCGUUGAAGGAGGGAGUUGCGUGCCAUUGCCAGGAAUAG